CCAGGAGAGCUGCCCUCUCGGGUGAACAGGCCAGAGCCUAAAGGAGAAGAGAGACAAGACAGGAAACGACGGACCCGCCCUCCACCUUCUCGCAGUUCUGUUCAGAGCAUGCGCCUCGGCAGCCAUCAUCUACGCUUCCUCCCGAGGCUCCGGAGUCCCAGAGUUCCCUGCGUUUGUCGCUGCUUAGAUCUUGGAGCUGCCCGUAGCCGCCGCCCUCUCCUUGCAGCUGUUGCAGCUGCCUCAGUCGCCGUCCACGCCCCUCCUCCCGCUGCCCUCGCUCUUGUUUGCGCCUCCUCCCUGGGCUCCUCCUCCCGCUGCUGCUCCUCCUCCUAUUCUCGUCUCCUCGUUCUUCCUCUCCCCAGUGCUACUGAGGGAAGAUCUCUAGCUGCAACCUUUACUGUCCCGGGAACCAUGGCUUCUGGAGUAACAGUGAAUGAUGAAGUAAUCAAAGUUUUUAAUGACAUGAAAGUAAGAAAAUCUUCUACACAGGAGGAAAUCAAAAAAAGAAAGAAAGCUGUUCUCUUCUGUUUAAGUGAUGACAAAAAACAAAUAAUUGUAGAGGAAGCAAAGCAGAUCUUGGUGGGUGACAUUGGUGAAACUGUAGAGGACCCCUACACAUCUUUUGUGAAGUUGCUACCUCUGAAUGAUUGCCGAUAUGCUUUGUAUGAUGCUACAUACGAGACAAAAGAGUCUAAGAAAGAAGAUCUAGUUUUUAUAUUCUGGGCUCCUGAAUGUGCACCUUUAAAAAGCAAGAUGAUUUAUGCUAGUUCUAAAGAUGCCAUUAAAAAGAAAUUUACAGGUAUUAAACACGAGUGGCAAGUAAAUGGCUUGGAUGAUAUUAAGGAUCGUUCAACGCUUGGAGAGAAAUUGGGAGGCAAUGUAGUAGUUUCACUUGAAGGAAGACCUUUAUAAAAUGACAGUGAAGUGCCAUCCAGAAGUAGCUUCUAUUUCUGCAGCUCCGUCAGUUGGAAAAUAGUGUUAGGUUUUUGUCCCUUACCAUACUCUACCCAAAAACAUAAAGGAGAUGUCAGUAAUUUAAGCAGCCUACCAGUGAUUGCCAUUAGAUUGUUUGAUCCUGGUAGUUAUAUGUAGCCAAAAAGGUGGUAUUAUAUGCAUCCCUUACAGAACUAAGAUAAGUAUAAGUCAGUUUGAAUGCUUUGAAAGUGUGAUCCACUUGUCAGAUGCUAAACUUUAUUCAGUAUUACUUAGAGUUGCACCUGAUUGCAGUUCCUGAAGUUAUUGUGCUUUGUACACCUAACCUGCCUUUUAACACGCCUAUUGUGACAUGGCAGCAUUUAUACAUACACACAUACAUAUAUGUGUAUGUAUAUAUACACACAUAUAUAUUUAUAUGUGUAACUAUGCAUUGAAGCACUUUUAUGUAAUAAGGUUGUCCCCAUCAAAAAGGAAUGCCAAUUAAGUUGUUAUAACUAUCAUUAAAUUAUUGUAGUUACCUCAGUGUUCAUUCCUAUUAUCUACAUAUCUUCCUAAAUGAAGUAGUAGUUCAUGCCUUUUUAUUUUCCAUGAAUGUACACUACAGAACCAGGGGUAGGAGUUGUGUUUACCAUGUGAGUCUUACAGUACUAAAGAUAUUUUGAAUAAUGUAGUUGUAAUGCCAAUUUCUGUAUGAAAAGAGCCUUAAAUGGAACAUUGUUUUUGAGAUCAAAUUCCCUUCCCCCACCAAAUUGGCCACGUUACAAUAAAACUUGUGGCUUAUUACAGAAUGUUGCCUUGUUUUCCUUGAAAAUAUAGUUUAGUAUGCUUCUGUUAAGCAUAUUUUGAAAACUGUUCUGUGGAAGUAUUGUAAAGGUAAACAUUUAUUUGUUCAUCUCAAUAUAGCUAAUUUGUGAAUUUUCCGUGUAGUUGUCAUAACUUUCAUGACCACAUUUUGAUUUCUUUGGAAAUCCUACUUUUGUAGCAUAUAGCCAUUAAAUUAACAGAUACCUAUGUUAUGCCACAAUAAUUCUAUAAUAACAUUUCAGAUUUUUAAAUUUGAAAACCAAAUUAGUUUUUGCAUUUUUACAUGAAUUCUUAUCUGAUUAUUUUUAUUAAAAUACAGUAGCUACAUUUUUUGUGUAAUAUAUUCACAUUUCAAGACAGUUGGCAGUCUUUGUCUUCCUUUGUUGUGUUGGACAGAACUUGGGAAAUAGUCUUUCUUUGAAGAAUAUAAUAAUAUUCUUGGUACAGGGUUUCUUUUAUAAACUCUUUUUAAAUUCUAAAAACUAAAAUGAAUACGAUUUUGAUAAUCAAGUUUUAACAUUAGUUGGGGGAUUUGGUAGAGUUCCAAAGGCUACUCUUAUAGAGAAUUUGAUCUGCCCUGUGUGAGCAGUUUACUGUUAGCCAGAGCUAUUUAUGGCAGACACAUGCUUUUGUAUCUUGUCAUAGUUAUUCACAAAUGGCAAAAUUGGACAUGAUUCUACUGGUAUGUAAAAAGGCAUGUUAAUUGUAGUUUGAAACAUAGCUAUAAAAAUACUUUUUAUGAGGCAGAAACUGAGAAAUACAAAUAAAUAUUUUUUUUUUAAUUAUUAACAAAACACAAGCAAAAUUGAUGCUUGAAUGCAAUUAGAUACUUGCCAUAUUUGGGAAUUUUUUCAGAAGAAAACUAUAGGUUAAUUCUCAGGCAAGGAGACAUCAAUUUUAAACUGUGAAUGGCUUGGGACUUUUAUAUAGAGAUUUUAUUUCAGGCUUCCAGCUGUUUUGUGUAUUACUCUGGUCAUUUUUAUUGCCUUUUUGGCAAGGCCAAACUCCUAAGCAGAGCAUCUGAGUGAUAUACUUAAGACACAUCACAGUUACUGUUAGCGUGCAGGUUUUUUUUUUUCAAUUAUUCCCCCUUUCUGCUUCAAAAUAAGGGGCUAUUACUUAAGUUGUACAGAGCAGCAGUAUUUGACUUUAUGUCUGUUUUUUUUAAAUUGACUGGCCUACCACUAAGAGUAUAUCUAAGGAUUUGAUCAUUUCAGCUUAUUUUUUUGCUUUGUUCUCUUUUGUGAUUGAUAUAUUACAAACCAAGAAAACUGACAUGUUUAAAAUGUACUGAACUAACUUCACUCAUGAAAUAUAUCUUUGUAUAUGCUAUUGAAAGCAACUGAAAUAUGCUUAUGUAAGAUUAAGAGCAUUAAAAAUUUCUUAAAUAGCUAAUGUAUCAAAGAGGCAUAGCCUGGUCUUAAUCUGUUUUGAGUGAUUAAUGUGAAAUAUGACUAAGAAUAGACAUUUUUUUUUGAAAAGCUAUGUUGUUGAAGUUAUUUGAUAAAUUGAUAAGAUCAUAAAUCUUGAACUUGAGGAGACCACAAAAGCCAUCUAGAAAAUUUUACAUUGAGAAAACUAAUACCUCCAGAAAUUUAAUUUGCCCACAGUCACAGUUGGUAUCAGAAACAGGAUUUGAAUCUUUAUUCUCUUAAAUUCAAAGCCAGUUCUUUUUUCACUAUACUAUGCUCUCAACAUCAAGCAAAUACAGCUUGGCACUUAUCCCAAAUUGGCUGUCAGCUGUUGUUUUCUGUCUAAAAUAGCAGUACUCUUACAUUGUGAUUUUGUAUACUCAACAUAGAGGAAAUUGGUCAAUAAUGUUGGGUUUCCCUGUCUUGUGGCCCCUUGUAAACAUACAUAUAGCAUCUCUUGCUUUGGUGAAACAAAGUGCAGUCUUAGAGGAGGUUUUCUUGUUAACUUUGAUCUUGAUAGUUGGAUUUAAUUUCUUUUUUUCUCCAAUUCAAUAAACCUUUAUUUAAAUGCC